GCGGUCGACCAAACUUAUACUUAUUCCCACCACGAUGUUCGAAGCCAAACUGUCGUCUUCAACUGCACUGAUAUUCAAGAAAACAUUUGAAAUCGUGAAAGAUCUGAUAUCGGACACGAACGUCUCCUGCGAUGAGGAUGGCAUUCGGAUCCAAGCCAUGGACUCUUCACACGUAGCUCUCAUUUGUGUCCAUCUCAAGGACGACUUCUUCAAACGAUAUCGGUGUGAUCGUCCGGUUACACUGGGAAUGAGCAUGCCCAGCUUUGUCAAGCUGUUGAAGGCUGCGAAGGACGAUGAUCGUGUGAAGCUGAGUGUUGAGAAUGAGGAAGGGGACGUGCUGAAAGUUGAUUAUGAAGGCCGCAAAUCCAACCGCAUAUCAUCUUAUACCCUCAAUCUUUUAACAAUCGACGGAGACGACCUUAGUAUUCCGCUUCAGGAAUACCACGCAAAAGUCAUUAUGCCAUCCGUCGAGUUUGCCGGUAUUGUGAAAGACCUCAUGGCAGUGCACGACAACGUCGCAGUUGAUGUGAGCAAAACGGGUUUUAAACUCGAGGCGUCAGGACAUCAGGCUACGGGAGAGGUGUGGGUGAAGAGUGACGUGCCCGUAAUACCAGUCACCGAAGAGGACGAUGGGAGUGAGGACGGAGAUGGUCAUAGAACCUUGGUUGAAGAGGAGGAGGAAGACCACAAGCCUCCAAUAAUCAAGAAAAGAAAGCUUCAAGAUUUGACCAACGCGCAUACACGUUCUUCACCUGGACCUUCAAGCUCACCUGACAGCAAGCAUAAACUUUCUAGUUUGAAGAUCAAGCGUAGUCACAGCCAAGGCGACGAAAACGAAGACACCUCAAACGCUCAAACUAUCAUUCAAGUGACUUCCCGUGUUUCUGGACUUACUUUUAAACUCAAGUACCUGCAAACUAUAUGCAAGUGUGCAGCGUUAGCGGAGACAGUAGAGCUGUUGUUUAGUCCUGAUGUUCCACUUUUGGUUCGCUAUAACUUGGGCAAAAGUCACGGAUACAUUCGAUAUUAUCUUGCGCCUCAGAUUGGAGAUGACGGUUAAACUGACUUGAAUUUCCUUUCCGUAUCUGCCUUGUUCUUUUCUUCACCCCGUCUCAUCGUCGCUCUGCCAGGCUCUCCAGCUGUUUCUCUUGCUCUUGCUUGCUCACGAUACUGUACCGCCUAGUGUAUUAAUGGAUUCUGUUUGUCGUCGAAUAGGUCCUUCCAAGUGCUGUUUAUUCUGUGAACCCAUCUCUUGAAGCCCUCGGGAAAUUCGUGGAGGCAUCCGGCGCAUUCACACCAACUGGCCAACCCCGACAUAUACCAGGCACACCGGUGUU